GGAAAGAGAAGGAAGGAGAAAAGCUAUGAAUUAUCAUCCAGGCUUAUAAGGGGUUUUAAAGUUCAUGUCUGCGGGAGAACAACAAGACAGGAAAGAAACAAUGGUCGUCUCCAAGAGAGUGUCUUACUGGACAGUGGCAGAAGUUUUUGACUGGGUGAGGGAACAGUACCCUUCUCAAUCCAGAGCUCUACAGCAGGCAAUAGCCAAACAUGCCAUCUCAGGUCGAGUUCUCUUGAGAAUGAAGAAGGAUCAACUGAGCAGGUUGGGGAUGGAGUCGAAGUUCCAGCAGGAGUUUCUAAGGGAUGUUCUUCUCCUCAGGAUUCAGGAGGAACUGGAGAACCUCAAUAACAUCUAUUACUAGAGUAAACUCCAGAUGAGCCCAUUUGGAUUUACACCUGGGUCCUUAUCCAUUAAGCUUCUCAGAGUAGAAGUGCUGGUCUAGGUUCAUGCCAGUAGGACCAUGCUGAAUCAGCUCACCAUGGUGGUUGAUCUUCAGGACCAGGAUUGGGCACCCCUGGGGGAAAUCACACUAAACUGCUACCCUAAGAAGCUUGAAGAAUAUGAACCAUAGCCUCAGUAUCUCUAGGACAUAUAGAGAACCCAGGAGCAUUGACAAAGGUUUUCUUUGGGUUCUCUGUAGGUUCUUCAUGUCUUUUCCUAGAGAUACUUUGUAUAUGUAAGGUCUUGUAUGUGUUUUCUUCAUUGAAGUUCUGAAGUGUCAUUUAUGAAACAUUAGCUUUGUGUAUAAUUAAAUUUCUUCCCCACUCUACCCUUAAUUUUAACCAUAAUCUUCAAUCCAAAAGACAUUUACAUGCAUUUAUAAUCCAAUAACUGCACAAAACUGCAGAUUUUGUCAGUAAUCCGAU